GCCGGAGGCCUGCUCACACAAGCGGAAGAGGAGGAGCAGCCGGAAGUAUCCUGAGCCCUGGUUGUUCCGUCGGGGUUUGACAGCGGUUCGGAGCUGUGAGAAGGAGUCGGCGGUCAUGGAGUUGGGCGAGCUGCUCUACAACAAGUCCGAGUACAUUGAGACGGCCUCUGGGAACAAAGUCAGCCGGCAGUCGGUGCUGUGUGGAAGCCAGAACAUUGUUCUCAACGGCAAGACCAUUGUGAUGAAUGACUGUAUUAUCCGAGGAGAUCUGGCAAACGUAAGAGUUGGACGCCACUGUGUUGUGAAAAGCCGUAGUGUCAUAAGGCCACCAUUCAAGAAAUUCAGCAAAGGUGUUGCGUUCUUUCCUUUACAUAUUGGGGACCACGUCUUUAUUGAGGAAGAUUGUGUGGUCAACGCAGCUCAGAUUGGUUCUUACGUUCACGUUGGCAAGAACUGUGUCAUUGGGCGCCGGUGUGUGCUGAAGGACUGCUGCAAAAUUCUUGACAACACAGUAUUGCCACCCGAGACUGUGGUGCCCCCGUUCACCGUCUUCUCAGGCUGCCCAGGACUCUUCUCAGGGGAGCUCCCGGAGUGUACCCAGGAGCUGAUGAUUGAUGUCACCAAGAGCUACUACCAGAAGUUUUUGCCCCUGACACAAGUUUAGUGUCUCUGCUCCAUGCCUUGAAUUCUCUUGAACUCUAAGAUGAACUUGGAGACCGAGUCAGCUGGUUGGCAUCUGCACAGAGCUGACAUCUUCCACCCUCCUUUCUGUUGUUGUUGUUACUCAGUUCUUUUAGGAUUUUCCAAUCCACCAGAGCUCUGAGCUCUUAAGAAUUUAAUAACAGAACAUCUGGAGGAGUUGUCUUCAAAGGUUGUGUUGCCACCUUAUCUGUCAGCAGUCACUGCAUACCUUUAUCUACAGAACACAGAAUCGCCUGUUCUCCGUGCUCCACGGCCUUGGUCCUGUGGACGGCAGGAUCCUGCCUGCUGUGGGUCUGCAGAGCCCCCUCCCCGCGUGGAGAUUUUGUCACAGGCAUGCUUCUCACAACCGCGCCACUCGCACACUUCGCCCUCAGCUGUCCUGCUGCUGACAUAUGGCCUGCAGCCAGGAUUACUCAUACCCCUGGGGAAACUUGGCCUCUUCAGAGCCCAGAUUCCUGUUGGCUAUUGCAAUUUGAAGAGAGGAAUGACUAGCAUUUCUCCUCCCAAAAUGACCACAGUUGUCCUAGAGUGGUUUACAGAAGAUAUUCUAGUAUUCUGUUCUCGGUCUUUGGCUUCCGCUGAAGGAGUCAACAGUCCAAGGUUUGCAUUUUGUCAGGUUCCAGAUUUGAGUCAGGCAGUCCCUUUCAGUCUGCCUGUAUCUGCCAUUCUGCCUGUAUCUGCCAUAAACCCCAAAGUUGCCUCCAGAAUACCUGUACAUAACCCUCAUCACAAGAGAGGCUGUUAAAAUCAUCUUGCAGAAAUAAAAAGGAGGAACAAUUAAA